UAGCAUGAUCGAUACAUGAUAAAACGCCGUAAUUUCCUAUUAAAGAUCAUCCUUUUAGACAAGUGGGCUUGUGGAGACUAUAUUGAUUAUAGACAAUUCGCUUGUGAGUUAAGUGUUACGGUGUUAACACCAGCAGACAACAUUUGAACGUUUCAUGAUUCAUUUUAAUCAGACUCGAAAAAACAACAACAAUAUGUAUAUAGCUGUGAUGUUUAGGCGCUCAUCUAAUAUUUACAUGCUGCCAAGGAUUGAAGAAAUGGUUUACGCUACUUAUGAGGGAUGCACUUAUCAAAAAAUAUAUUCCUUUAUUUGAAAUUAAUGUAAAACAGAAAUUCUGUCGGUAAAUUGAUGGGAUUAUUGCCAUGGUUUUGAAAGUGAAUUUUGUGAACGAGAAAGGAAGAUGGCUUUCCGUCUUUGGCAUUGUUGUUACUGUUGGCGUCAUUUGUCUAGUGGGUGGAUCCAAAGUCACCAUUGGUAUAAUUAACAAUGCAUGUUCUCACGAGCAAUCAGAAAAUGACAGCCUUGGCACUUCUACGAUGGAACUGAACAACAUUACGUUUAACGUAAUAUGGUCACGAGCAGACUUCACAGAAAUCUUCCAAGUCCUUCAAAAAGUGACAGAACUAAGAAGAAACAAUGCCGAUCUCGUCUAUGUCAAUUCUACCGAUCGUCGUAUCAUCAUGACAAUCUCAAACCUGAACACAACGCCUACUCUGCACCUCAAUGAUGUCGAUCAAGGGACUGUUGAAAACCUCGUGGCCCCCGAUAAGUAUUUCCCUUGCCAGGUGGCGCAUCCGAAGCAGAGCAAUGUCCUUGCAGAAGCCUGUUCAGCGGUUUUGUUUGGAAAAAAUUAUUUUCACGAGGAAGCCAUUACAAUCAUGGUUACGCAAAUUUUAACGAACCUCCAAUGGAAAUCAAUGGUUAUAUUUUUUGAGAACUCAAGCGAGCACAAUAUAGGUAGUAUCUUGGCAAAAGCAAAUGAGAAUGGAAUCGUCAACAGGAUAUUUAAUGUUGAUAUGUUAAGGACUAGGAAGGAUAUUCAAAAUGUGUUGGAUUUGAUUCAUGGUGAACUUACGGAGAGGAUGGUCAAUAUCACAAUUAUUUGUCACAUGGAUUGCGCACGCCGUAUAUUGAACGAGGCAAAUGGAUAUGACACUCUGCCAGCAAACUUCCGCCGUACAGCACUUCGAGAUCACACUUUCUGGUUCGUUGUAACUCCGCUUCCCAGCGAUUUAAACGACUUAAUGAAUGCUUCCAGUGUGCUCGAUAACGUUUGUGUGUUAAAUCUGAACGUAACUACGACUGAAUCUAUAUCGGACGCCAGUGGUUUGAUUGAUAAACAGAAAAUGUUUGACCAGCUUGGGAAUAUGACGGAGCUUGUGAAAAGCACGGGUUCUUCAAACGCUAUUAUGGCGCUCAAGAACUACAGUCAACGUAUAUUCAGUCCAACAUCGUGUCGAACAUACCCACUAGCCACGCUCAUGUGGAAGGAAAACUCGGACAAUGUCACGACAGAACUAAUAAGAAAGUUUGAAAAUGUUGGAGAUGUUGAAAUCACAGGGACAUACCAUUUCCACUCAACCAUAUUUCCAAAUAUUGACCACGGGUUCAACAGACGGAACAUGCUGGUUACCACAACUUGGUGGCCACCAUUCACCGAGAGAAUUCAGAAAGAUGGCAAAACCGUUGGCUAUGUUGGUUUUUGUAUUGAUUUACUGGAUGAACUUGCCAAUGAAUUAAAUUUUACGUAUACGUAUACUGAACCCCGUGAUAACGAGUUUGGAAGCAUUUUCCCUAACAGAUCCUGGAGUGGAAUGAUAGGACAAUUGGAAAGGAGAGAGGUGGAUUUAAUGGUUGCAGGAGCUUCCAUACAGGGCUCCAGGGAGCAAGUAAUGGAUUUCACGCACCCGUUUUAUUACGACACCACCACGAUUCUGAUAAAGCGACCAGAUCCUGAUGAAAACAAAAUGUUUACCCUUGCAAAGCCGUUUAAGAUAGAAGUCAUAGUCUGCAUCUUCUUCGUACUUCCAGUUUCGGCAUUCUUACUGUUUAUCAUCGAGAAAUUAUCCCCGUACUAUAAAAUUCAUGGACCAGACGGCAGGCAGAACUACCAGACAUCAUUCUGGUAUAUGUUUGGUGCGCUACUCACGCAAGGAGGAGAAAGUUUGCCCAAUUCGCAGAGCGGCCGGACUAUGAUAACGUUCUUUUGGUUAUUUUCUAUCAUCAUGGUUGCUACCUACAGUGGGAAUUUGAUAGCCUUCUUGACGGUAACAAUAGACAAACCUCCAUUCAAUUCGUUAGAGGAACUGGUGGAACACGAUGAUUACAAAUGGGGAGUUUUAUCAGGAACAUAUUUUGUAACAUGGUUUCAGGAAUCCCCCUUUGAAAUUCUGCAAAAGGUCUGGGCUGGAAUAGUAAUGUUCAACAAAACUGAUCCAGAUGUUUUACAUCCUGAUCCGAACGUGCACAUCGAUAAGAUGUACAAAGAGAAAUAUGUAUACAUAGGAGAUAAAUCUUUCAUGGAAGUGAGGAAGGCCAAUAGAUGUGAACUUGUAACGGCGACAGAGGAAAUUCCAAAUAUGUCGUACGGAGUGGGCCUCCCCAACAAUUCUCUAUACACGAAGUUGUUUUCUGACAAAAUUCUUUCCCUGCAAGGAGGAGGGAUAUUACAAACCUUCAAACAAAAGCACUGGCCCCGCGAGGAGUUCUGUCAUGGUUCUCUGGUGGCAGAGGCCAAAGAGAUCAGGUUAAUCGAUGUUCAGGCCGCCUUUAUUGUGGUUGGUGCAGGAAUAGCUCUUGGGACUAUUGUGCUAUUCACGGAAAAACUUGUUAAACAUUUAGUAGAUAGAUUUUGUGUGAAAAAAGACCAGGAUCCUUGUAAGCAUAUUGGAACAGUUCCAACAAUGGAGAUGGAGCUUGAUAGCAUUGAUUUGAACGGAAUUAACAACGGAGUGUAUACUAUUGAUGAAAAUGGUGUAAAUACGCAUAUCAAUAAUGGAGUUCUUUCAAAAAAUAACCCACAACACAGUUCAGAUGGGUAUGGCUGAUAUAAUGGAAGGAUAUGUUUAUUUUAUGAAAGUGCUUUUAACCCAGCCUAUAUACUCCGAUAUAUUUUCUACAAGACACUAUGUUUUCCAUGCCUGUACAGAUGAGAAGCGGGAAGUAGAUGGCAUUGGUUGAACUAAAUAUUCUUCCACAAUUUAGCAUAACAUUAGUCAUUCAUUUCCUCAUUAAGUAAAUAUGUGAAAUGCAUUGAUUGUUUUAGAUGACAUCAGUUACCCACCUUUCAUCAGCCACUCAUUUUGACAGUCUCCGUAUCUCUUGUGAUCCACGUGCAUUAGUAUAUGUUUCUAUUUUAUCAGAAAAUAUUGGUAGAAUUUUACUAAAUGUGAAAGCAUAUAUAUAUAUAUAUAUAUAUAUAUAUAUAUAUAUAUAUAUGAGAUAAAUUGCCAUUUACCCCAUGAAUAGUGAGGUGUGGCCAAUCCUUAACAAGAGUACCGCAAACGGUACAACAUACUCAGUUAGAUUCUCAGUGCAAUAUCUGUAUCCAUAAUGAGAAAAGUUAAGAAAACUAUUUGAACUUUUAGUCCUAACUUACGACAUGGUGCACCAAUUAAGUUGAAAAUACAAACUGAUUUUGUAUUUCUCGAGAGGGAGGUUGUGACAAAAUUUCAGGGCAAUACUUGUUUUCGUAACGAAAAAAAAUAAUCUGGAAAACUGAUUGACAUACCUUUACCCCCUAAAGUAAGCCAUGUUGCAUAAAUCUAGCUGGUUUACCCCUAAAGUAAGCCAUGGUGCAUAAAUCCAGCUGAUUUACCCCCUAAAGUAAGCCAUGAUGCAUAAAUCCAGCUGAUUUACCCCCUAAAGUAAGCCAUGGUGCAUAAAUCCAGCUGAAAUGCAAACUGAACUUAUAUUUCUCCGAGAGGAAGCUUGUGACUAAAUUUCAGGGCAGUAUCUGUAUCCAUAACGAAAACAAGCCCAGAAAACUGUGAUACUACGACCUUGACCUUGGUAAAUAAUUUCAGGCGUCUUCCUCUCAUCAUGGUGAUCAGAUGUACAUGUACCAAGUUAUAAGACCAUGGACGUUACGGUGUGGUCUGUAUUCUGUCUACAAAGUUUUCCUACUUAACCCCUGACCUUGAAGAACAAACGACGACCUCCACUUGACAUGAGGAGGAUGUGUACCAUGUUUGACGGUACUAGCCUCAAUAGUUUGAUAUGUAUUCUGCCUACAAGGUUUUCCUAUUAACUGAUACUACGACCUUGAAAAACAAUAAGCAUCUUCCUCUUAUCAUGGUGAUCAAAUGUACCGAGUUGUAAGAUCCUUGAGAUUACAGUUCGGUCUGUAUCUUGCUUACAAGGUUUUUCAGAUAAGUGACACUACGACCUUGACUUUGAGAAACACUAGGCAUCUAUCUCUCAUCAUGGUGGUCAAAUGUACCACGUUGUAAGAUUUCGGACCCUACAGUUCAUUUUGUAUGUUGCCUACAAGGGACGGACGACGUCAUACAACCGAUAUGAACGUCUUACUUCGUUGGAUGUGAAAAUUUGCUUAUUAAGUUCGCGAGUUUUUCAAAUCCAACUCGGCAAAUAUUCAUCAAUAUAAGUUCAUUAACUCCUUUAUCUGAUAGAUAAACUACUUUUCAGUUGUUUUAUGCUGAUGAUUUAUUCAAUUCUCUCUUCAAGUUAGAAAUUGAAGCAUUAUCGACUCAUGCAAUACUGUAAGUGGUUUUAACUUCGCGGUGCUAAAAGUGCGCAGUUUUUCAUAUCGGUCUAAUUGCAGUGGUUCUUUUUUUUUUUUUUUUGUUUUUUUUUUUGCGGAAUUCAAAUUUUAUUUUGAUUACUGGUAACUGUUCAAAACGUAUUGUGUCAAAUUGAUUGCGGUUGUUAUAAUUCCAGGGGGAAAUGCCCGACCGCGAACAUAGCGAAAUUAAAACCACCGCAAUCAUUUCCCCAUUUACAGUAUUACUGUUACACAGUUCCAAGAAAUCCCCGUGUCCUAUAACUUGCUCAAAAUUAUUUUUUCAUAUUUUCUCUCUUCAUCUUUAAAACUAAGCACUGAUUAACUACUUCUGAUCAAGAACACAGUUUACAAACAGUAAACUACAAGUCUUAUAGAAAACUGAAAAACCUGAUGCCCAUAACAUACAUAUUAUUUUUUAUAAGGUUUUAGUUUCCUCUUCAACCUUUAAACCCAACUUAGAUCAACUACCUCAAAUCAAAAGUGCAUCCAAAUAAGCUUUCUUUGAAUGUUAAUAGACGCUAAACUAGUCAGUCCUUGUCUGGUACUCGUACCACAAAAUAAAGCGCGGGGACUGUGGCGGUUCUGUAACGAUGAUAUCGUAGAAUUUGUGUGUCCCCCUCUCCUCCUCAAAAUGUGAACACUAAAUCUAAAUGUAUAGAUGUCGUAGCACGAAUAGAGUUUGAUCUAAUAAUAAUCAUUACUUUUGUUUUCAAACACAGGUGAGUAAAUCGCGCGUAAUUUCAAUUUCUAACAUUCAGGAGCUUUCUCUCUCCCAAGUAUACAACAAGCAAUUUUCAAAAGGCAACUUUCUAAAGACCCCAUAUUUAGUACCCCACCCUUAAACUUUACCUGUGACCAAGCCUUCUGUCAAUCAAACGUUCAACAAUAGAGCUCCAUUUGGUUGACCGGUGAGGCUAUAACCAUCGUCCACCCAAGCUAGAUGUUCUGGCAACAAAUGAAGUUAAUCAAAGGCCUACAAGGCUAUAAUGGCUUCCGGGUUUGAUGUGGAUGAAAGGUGUAAGGGAAGGCAUUGCUGCCCGUUAACACCAUUUGCGAUCUUUUGGAAUUGAGUAUUCACCAUGAUGACUAAAAAAUUCAUUCACUAAACUCGGGAUUAAAUAUACAUAUUGCUAAAAAUGACAAACCAUUGAUUUCGUGGUUGCUAAUGUUAUUCAGUCCUUAACCUCACCAAGUCAAAAGUGCAGCGCUAACAUUGUACAUAUUUCAAUUCAUAUCAGACCAAUAUUACACGCCAACUGUUGAAAACCUUGUGUUUUUUUUUUAAUGCACUGCACUUGUCAUUAAUUUCUAAUCCUAGAAUUUUUCCUAAAUAGUUUAAUAUAACGCUUAAAAAUAAGAAUAAAAUUUAGAAUUAUAUACGGCUGUAGAAGAUCUUAUACUAAAAUGUCAAAAUGCGAAAAACGCAACAUUUUCUCCCAUUUCAUUUUAUGUCCAUCAGUUCGAAAAUUCAGCUUUAACCAAACUUCAUAGGGACUAUCAACAAACUAAUGGAUAUGUAAAUAUUUUGACGUCAAAAUGUCGUCCUUUUAAUAUGAUUAUUCAACAAAGAUUAAACAAAAACAACCUGUAUAUCAUGAUCUUUAUAUAGCCAUUUGUGUUAAUUGUACAUUACAUUAAUUAUUAUUACAAUGUUUUUUGUCAAUUUGAAUACUUUUAAUUAAUUUAACUAUGUUCUAUCAAUCAUGUAUACAUUUUGUUUUCUCUGUUAAAUGCUCAUGUUGCCUUCCAAGGGUUCUUAAUUGGAAAUCAAUCCAAUAUGAUAUAUCGCUGUGAAACGUGCACACAUAAUUGUACACAUUGUGUGUUCAUCUAUACUUAUGAAUCCUUUUGUCGAUAAACUCCGAAACGCUUGCUCCAGAGUUACUGCUUGCACCUUUAAAAUUAAUCCAUAUGUGAGGUGAAGUCCGUAAGAUAUAACAGAAUCUUACUCAAUUAGUAAAUAUAGUAAAAUUAAUAAAAAGCCUAUUUUCGUUUUCGACAAACUACUCUGAAAUAGCAAAACUGAGAGAUGCUUUGGCGGAUCUCAGCCAGUUUUCUCUUUUUCUGAAUGACAAUGCUCCGAAUUUCGACAAUAUUUUCCACCUUGUACAACCGCUGAUAAAUGAUCGCAUGAACGUAUUUAUAAAUCUGUACGACAUGUCAUACAUUAUUUCACCUGUUUGAACCAGAAUUACUUUAUUUCAAAUCGGUGUUUACUAACAACCGUCACUCGGCCAUUUCAAGUGACAGUCACGUGUGCAGUUCAAACUUUCAGAUCAUCGGUGGUCUUAUCUUUGUAAACUUGUGUAUUUUGUUACAACAGUACCGUGCCAUAAGUUUAAUAGAAAUAAAAAUAUCAAAUAUCUCUUA